AUGGCUGCUGAGGCCGGAGAUACGCCCGCAGUUGUCGCGGACGCUGCUGCUCCAGCUCCGUCUACUGUCGACUUGCCCGUGCGACCAAAACAAGAUGUUGCGCCUCCUGCAGGCCAGACACUGACUGGAAAGCAAGAGCACUACCUCAAGAGAGAACUUAUAUCUGAGCAGGUGAAGUGGGAGAUCAACGAACUUAACUCUACUACCGCCCUGCAACGUUUCGGCGCACCGUUUCGAUCCGACCAUGGCGAAGUUCCACCUGAAGAGUCCGAGCUGCCCAUUCUGCGAUAUAUCUUCGUUCAUCACAUUCGCGAUUUCCCUUUCCUAGACAAGGCGCGCGAGAAGGAGUUCUGGCAAGACAAACUGCAGGUGUUUCUCGAGUCAUUCGCUGGAAAGCAAAUCUCAUCCUCGGAGGAUCGCCUGGAGGAGACGAAGCGACGGAAGCUUGCCAUCAAGGCCAGGAAACUUGUGGAGCUGAUGAUGGUUUCCGGAAUCGGAACAUCAUCAGGAUUUGAAGAGCGCAUUCGAUUCUCCGAGAUUGAGAUUGUAGACAGCAAUGCCAUUGACACUGGUGUGAUGCACACAUUGCCCGAGGGCAACUAUAUCAAUGGCUGGGACGUCAACGUCUCCGGCGUGAGAGUCACCCAGGUCAAGCACACGAUCCGAAAGCACAAGCAUGCCGAGUUUAUCUUGCGCAUCAAGAAGAAGGGCGAGUUGGAGCAUUAUGUUGGACGAAGGUACAGCGACUUCGCGAAGCUCCACAGCCGGCUGCGUACAGAGCUUCCCGGCCGUGUGAUACCUGAGAUGCCCAAGAAGAACAAGUCUGAUACAACGACAUCGAUUGCUUUUACAUCCAUGUUCAGCAAUGGCAAUGAAUCGGAUGCCUCUUCUAUCUCAUCUGUUUCAACGAGGCCAAAUGGAGUUACAUCCAUGCUAUCACCAAGCCACCGCAAGACUGACUCUGCCUCAUUCCGAUCGAAUCGAUCAAAGGGCCUCAACUCUCCAAGGCUCCCGUCUCCUAGGGUGUCUACUGAGGGAGGAAGAUUGAGUCCCGCCAUCCGACAAGACUCGGACAAAUCAGACAAAUCAGACCUGUCAGAGCAAUCCGUUGUCCUCUGGCGCGAGAACCAAAGAAUCUCACUGAGAGCGUUCCUGCGAUCUCUCCUGCACAACCCUCAGUUUGCCAAUACUAAUGCUAUGCAAGAGUUCCUGAGUGGUGAACCUAUUACCCCGACAGACGAUGAUGUCGAGGAUAUCCUUCGAAGGAAGGCGCUUGACGAGAAGCGUAUGGAAGAGCAAAAACAGUUCUACGAGAUCGCGAGAAAACGUGCCGCCGAACUUGAUGAGUAUAUGGAACAAUUCCGCCGUGAUAUUGUUGAGCGCAACGGCCUUACCAUGCUAUUCCAGGAGAUCAAGGACAAGGAGACGAUUGGAGAUCUUAGCAUCCAGUAUCGCAAGUUUGCCGAGUGGCUUCGUAUCGAGAUUGCCGCCGUCAUCUAUCACCUUUUCCUUGCCGAAGACAACUCCCCUGAGCUAUUUGCCCAAGCGAGACGUAUUCACUCCCUCAUCCCAUACUCGGUCAUCAAGAACGUCAUUCGAAUCGCCAAUCCUGCGGCCGUUAUGUCAGGUGUUCUCGAUAUCUUCUUGGCCCAACCAUUCGGUACACGGUCGUUGAUGCAGCGAAUCUUCUCCCUGACACUGAACGAUGGCAUCAAGAGCUUUCAGAAGUCGAUCGAUAUCCUCGCUACAAAGAUUGACGACAAGACCUUCUCAAGCAAGCUCUACAAGUACACGCAUGCGGAGGAGCACAUCAAGGUUGCCAUUCGUGAGGAGGCCGAGGUUGAUGAUGUGGAUAUCAUCGUGGCGAUCAUGAGAUCCGAUCUCAUCGAGCCAGGCCUGACAGGAGAGCAAAUUCAACGACUUUACAAUGCAUAUGUCGCUUUCAACAAUGCGGUGGAGAAUGUUGACGAGGAGUUACGCCAAGGAGCUCAACUCUUCUCGUACAUGAAGCAGUACCUGAAGCUAUGCACAAGGCAGCGGGACAAGGAGAUGAUGUUGCAGUUGAUCGAAGAGCCGGUAACUCUUCAGCUCUUCCGAGACCUGUUUACAAUCUUCUACGAGCCACUUGUGCGAGUUUAUAAGUCCGCAAACGUGUACAACAGUGUCACCGACUUUGCUGUUUUCAUCGACGACAUGAUCCAGGUUGUUGAUAAGUGCAGAGAGCAAGACGCUUCGGCAGAUCCCAACCAGACAGUCCAAGCCUUUAUCGACCUUUGCCAACGACAUGAGCACAACUUUUACAAAUUCGUACACGAAGUUCACACACACGAUAACGGCCUUUUCACUCAGCUCAUGGGCUGGAUCGAGGGCAUUCUUGAGUUCCUGCGUAAGGGCCCCAAGAAUGGAACUCUCAACGUCAACGCAUUGUUUGAAGGUGGCGUCAGUGCUGGAGUUUUAGACAAGGAGAAGGCGAUCGCAGAGAUCAACUCCCUUAUCGCAUGGCAAGAAGCACGAAAGAAGUGGCACAACGACAAGACACGACAAAAGAUGGCGGCCGAGGGACAUGCUGGAAACGACCUGAUGCCAGCAAGUAUGAACUUCAACUCAGCCGACUUUGGGCUUGACAGUGAAGACCUCGAGGACAUGGCAUACGACGAUGGAUCUGAAGACGAGGCAGAGGCCGAGCAGGAGGAUGAGCUGGAUCCCAUUGAGGCCGAACGGCGUCGCAGAGCUAAGCGCCAGGAUCGCUUGCGACGAAGCGCCGGAGAGCCUGCCAAGCCUCCAGUGGGAGAAGUCCACAAGUUGACCGACAAUUUCUUGAUUAUGCUGCGACAAGUUCUGUCUAAUUAA